AGCAAUCUAUAAGAAGACACGCACCGCAUCCGAAAAACCGACACCACAACAAGCGGUUUUCAUCUCCCCGCUCCCUCCUCGUUCAACCCCAAACCCACACACCAUGCCGGAAACUGCGUCCUCCGGCACCGAUCGAGACGACAGACCCCACGUGGCGGUCCUAGCGAACUCCGGCCUCGGCCACGUCAUCCCCCUGCUCGAGUUCUCGAAACGCCUUGUCGUCGGCCACGGGUUCCGCGUCACCUUCCUCGUCGUCACCACCGUCGACCCGACCCCGGCUCAAGACCAGCUGCUGAAUGCGCGGGGCCUCCCGCAUGACCUCCACAUGCACGGCCUCCCGGCCGUCGACACCUCCUCCAUCGUCCCGGAAGACUCCCGCAUCCUCACCCGCAUAAGCCUCGUCGUCGAGGCGAGCAUCAAGAGCCUCAAAGCCACACUCAUCGAGCUGAACUACCCGAGGGCGCUAGUCGUAGACGUGUUCUGCACUCAAGCCUUCGGCGUGGCAAGCGAGCUCGGCAUCCCGACCUACUCGUUCUUCACGAUGUCGGCCACGAUGCUCGCGUUCUCGUUGUACCUGCCGACGCUCGACCGCGAGGUGACCGGUGAACUGGUGGACCUUCCCGAGCCGGUCCGGGUCCCUGGAUGCCCGCCGGUCCGACCGGAGGACCUGCUGGACCAGGCGAAGGACCGUAAAAACGAGGAGUACCGGUGGUUGCUGUACCACUUCAGCCGGUUGCCGAUGGCGGCCGGGAUCUUCCUGAACACGUGGGAGGCCCUCGAGCCGGGUUCGCUCCGGACGCUGAGGGAGGACUCCUUCUAUAGGAAUGUGCCGGUCCCGCCGGUCCACGCGAUCGGGCCGCUCGUGCACGAGGACGGCGAUGCGGAGGGGCUGCGCUCGACAGACGCCGAGUGCCUCGCGUGGCUGGACCGGCAGCCGGGAGAGUCGGUUGUGCUGGUGUCGCUGGGAAGCGGCGGGACGCUGACGAGGGAGCAGCAGGCGGAGAUGGCCUGGGGUCUGGAGCUGAGCCAGCAGAGGUUCUUGUGGAUCGUACGGAAGCCCGCGGAUGCCUCUGCCUCGGCUGCAUUCUUCAAUGUGGGGAGCGACGAGGAAGACGAUCCGACCAAGUAUCUACCGCAAGGUUUUCUGGAGAAGACUCGAGAGGUAGGCAUGCUGGUGCCCUCUUGGGCUGCCCAGGUGGCCAUACUGAGCCACCCCUCGAUCGGAGCAUUCCUAUCGCAUUGCGGCUGGAACUCAUCCGUCGAGAGCUUGGCUAGAGGUGUGCCGAUGAUCGCCUGGCCACUCUAUGCCGAGCAAAGAACGAACGCAGCGAUGCUGGCGGAAGAUGUCGACGUCGCCAUCAGGCCGUCGGUCGAGGAGGGAAGGAAGGUGGUGGGAAGGAAGGAGAUCGAGAGGGUGGUGAGGGCCGUGAUGAGGGGAGAAGAAGGGAAGAGAAUGAGACGUAGGGCUCGAGAGAUUAGAGAUAGCUCGGUCGAGAGCUUGAGUCAUGGCGGUUCGUCUGAUGCAUCGCUGGCUGUUGUGUGUGAAGAUUGGAAGACGAAGUCUAGCUGAUGCGAGGAAGAGCUCUAUGUGGAUCGUGCUUCAUAGUUUGGAUUUGUGUUCUUCUACAUAACUUUGGAUGUCAUAUCCUUUAUGGACGAGAGACAAUAAGAUUUCGUGUUCGAGAGUCGUAAU